AGAGACGAUUUCGGGACGGGGAGUUAUUUUCAGUAUUGGGACUCCUAGGCUACCUAUACUCACACAAGUCGCUUACUUCAGAGCCUCCGAACCUGUUCCUGUCUUAGCGACGAGGCCACGCUCCCAGGCGGCUAUAACUCUGUGGGAUUGCCACCUAACCCACGUCGAAGCUGGAAGGAAUUGGAAACGACAACAUGAAAGGCUGCCCUAGUUGCUCGCGACCAUUCGCAAAUGGCUUCUGACGAAGUUCCAAACCCCACCGCAGGCCGCCCGUCCCAGCAGUGGCUGCGAAUCCUCCUUGGGGGCGGGCUGAGGAGAGAGGGAGAGAGAAGGGGAGGAGGAGAAGAAAAGAAAUGAGAGGCAGUUUCUCCAGCCAAGCCAGCAGUGCCUUCCUUGUAGAAGCGGGGGCAGGCAUUUGGAGAGGAUCCCUAACUUGGCCGAGAGUGCGAGCGUAUAUGUAUAUAUAUGUAUGUUGUAUAUUGGCAGUGGGAUCUCAAAAGUAACAGAAACUAGAGAACAUACAAGUGCGCAUAUAUAACAUAAAUCAACAAAUAAGGAAGGCAGCAACUCACACAGCACCAAGACAAGACAAGGUGCCUGACUUAGAUUUGGAACUCCAAAGAGUAGAGAAAACUGUCAAGCUGGAAUGCUAGUUUCAACUAUUCCACACAUUUGGGUUAGGAAGAUUAAAGGAAUCGUAUAAAUUUGUUCAAGACUGUUGUUGCCAAGCCCUUAUAGGAUUUGCUGUUCUUGAGCUUUUGAUUAGUCGCUAUGAAUGUGACAAGUUUGUUCUCCUUCACAAGCCCUGCUGUUAAAAGACUGCUAGGAUGGAAGCAAGGAGAUGAAGAGGAAAAAUGGGCAGAGAAAGCUGUUGAUGCCCUAGUUAAAAAAUUGAAGAAGAAAAAAGGAGCAAUGGAAGAGUUGGAGAAGGCAUUAAGCUGUCCAGGUCAGCCCAGCAACUGUGUCACAAUUCCUCGUUCCCUAGAUGGCAGACUUCAGGUGUCACAUCGGAAAGGGCUACCCCAUGUAAUUUAUUGCCGUGUGUGGCGCUGGCCAGAUCUGCAGAGCCAUCAUGAACUUAAACCUCUGGAAUGCUGUGAGUUUCCCUUUGGUUCAAAGCAGAAGGAAGUUUGCAUCAAUCCCUAUCAUUAUAAGCGAGUGGAAAGUCCUGUUCUUCCUCCAGUGCUUGUUCCGAGGCACAGUGAAUACAACCCUCAGCACAGUCUCCUGGCUCAGUUUCGCAACUUGGGACAAAAUGAGCCUCACAUGCCACACAAUGCUACUUUUCCAGACUCUUUCCAGCAGCCCAACAGUCAUCCGUUCCCUCAUUCACCCAACAGCAGCUACCCAAACUCCCCUGGAAGCAGCAGUGGCACCUAUCCUCACUCACCUGCCAGCUCUGACCCAGGAAGUCCUUUCCAGAUACCAGCUGAUACUCCCCCUCCUGCUUACCUGCCUCCAGAAGAUCAGAUGACACAGGAUGGUUCACAGCCAAUGGACACCAAUAUGAUGGCACCUCCAAUUCCUGCAGACGUAAACAGAGGAGAUGUUCAGGCAGUUGCUUACGAAGAGCCAAAACACUGGUGCUCUAUUGUCUACUAUGAGCUCAACAAUCGUGUUGGAGAGGCAUUUCAUGCCUCUUCAACAAGUGUGUUGGUGGAUGGCUUCACUGAUCCUUCAAACAACAAGAACAGGUUUUGCCUAGGGCUGCUCUCUAAUGUUAACCGGAAUUCCACCAUUGAGAACACCAGGCGGCAUAUUGGCAAAGGAGUUCACCUGUAUUAUGUUGGUGGUGAAGUCUAUGCAGAGUGCCUUAGUGACAGUAGUAUAUUUGUGCAAAGUCGAAAUUGCAACUAUCAUCAUGGCUUCCACCCAACAACAGUCUGCAAAAUUCCAAGUGGCUGCAGUUUGAAAAUUUUCAACAACCAAGAGUUUGCUCAACUUCUGGCUCAGUCAGUGAACCAUGGCUUUGAAACGGUGUAUGAGCUCACUAAGAUGUGCACUAUCCGUAUGAGCUUUGUUAAGGGUUGGGGAGCAGAAUAUCAUCGGCAAGAUGUCACAAGCACACCAUGCUGGAUUGAGAUUCAUUUGCAUGGUCCCCUUCAGUGGCUGGAUAAAGUUCUUACACAGAUGGGUUCUCCUCAUAACCCAAUCUCUUCUGUGUCUUAAAAGGAUUCUACGCAGCUACGCUUCAGAAACUAUUGAGCCUUGCAUGUACUUGAAGGAUGUAUGAGUCAGACACAUGUACAAAACUGGCAGCAGCCUUUAUUAUACUUGACCUCUGUGACCAACUGUUAGAUCAGGAAAGGAAGCCACUACUAAGUUGUUGGUAUCAAGAUUUUUAGUUUACAUAGUAGUAAUCUCUUGCAAAUCUUUAUGCAGGGCAGCGUGUAAUAGCUAGGGAUGACCAAGUCAAUGUAAUCUGGAUGCUGUUCUCAAGCAAUCUUAUCUAGCACACUAAGAUCCCCUUGUGUUGAAUAUCCAUUGUAUUGUGCAUUCUGGGAUGAGUACCAAAACCCGAUGAAGGUUAUUCUCUCCUUUUUAACAAGCUUCUUGCAAUAUUUGAAAAUUAAUGGUUCUUGGUAAUAGUUGCUAUCCUCAGAAAAUAUUGAGGCUUCUGUGUAAUCUUCUGAAAUUGUGUACUGACCAUACCGCUGCAAGAAUGUUUAGGUAUGCUCUUUGCUAAAUGUAUGUACAGUGUAUUUGGAAGUUAGAGAUGGACUAGCCUAAAGAAAUAUAGUUGAGGGAGGUGGGUGGGAAGGGAAAAUGACAAGGACAGGUAGAAUUAUACUGUAAACAUAGCUUGUUAAACAAGUCCAAGUCUUGCUGUGUGCAUUUCAUUUUAUAGUGGCUUCAUCUUACUACUAACUGAUAUAUUUCUGCCCAACCACAGCUUCAUAGAGUAAGGGUGAGUCAAUAACUGCUUUUGUCAUGUACUGCAAGGUCUGUAUAUUUCAAGUCAAACUAUACAGCCUUUUUAAAAUUGGGUGGGUUUUUUGCAGUUCACAUAACAGAAGUAGCUGUUUUUGUUUGUAAGAGCUUUGUGUUUUGCCAACUUAGCAGAUGUUAGUACAUGUUGGGAGGACUUAAACAACCUAUUCAAGUGUUUCAGACUUAAAGGUUAAUUUUUUACCAUUUAAAUUGUUUUCUUUUUGCUAAUGUUUUUAUAUUCAUUCAAGCUGUAGUACUUUUCCAGUAUUUUUUUAUUCCAAAACUUAGUGGUUCAUCUCUACUGAAGUUCAAAUAAACGUAUUACUUACUUUGAUUAAAA